AUGGUGCGCCAGAAGCCAGAUUCUCUGGUUACUCGCAUUUUCAAGUCUCGUUAUUUUCCAGAUAAUCACAUUCUGCAAGCUAGUAAAGGGAAUGAUUCUAGUUUUAUAUGGACAGGAAUAUGGGAGGCGAAAGAAAGUCUGAAAGGUGGCUUUAGGUGGGUGUUAGGGGACGGCAAAGAGAUUAAAAUUUUUAAAGACCCAUGGUUACAAGGCAAGGUGGAUUAUCGUGUGGAGGACCAUCAUUUGAAUGUUAUCAGGAAUGAAAAUGUAUGCUGUUACUUCCAUCCUAAUAGCAAAUUCUGGGAUGUGCAUAAGGUGGAGCAUGACUUUCACAAUGAUGACCGCAAAUUAAUUCUUCAAACGAGAAUUCCUCAGAUUGAAGCAAAGGACAGGUUAGCUUGGACGAGCUCGAGUAAAGGCACCUACACUGUUAAAUCAGGUUAUUUAUUCUGGGCAGCUCAACAUAUUAACAAUGAUAAUAACGUUGAGUCUCAAGAGUGUUGGCUGAAAGCUGGCUUAUCUUUUGACAUGCAAAAUGUUGAGUAUGCGUCAAGUUGGUUACUGGAUAUGUUUAGUACGGAAGAUGCGGAAGUUCUCCAGAAGAUGGCUAUUGUGCUUUCAGGGAUUUGGUUUUCGAGAAAUAGAAAAGUUUGGGAGGGGAAGAUCAUUACACCAGCAGUUGCCAUUGAUUUAAGUGGUAAGCAAGUUCGAGAUUGGCAAGAGGCAAAUAGUCGCAGACAUUCAGACAACGAUCACUCAGCUGCUUCAAACGUGGUGAGUCGAGUUGUGUGGCAACCUCCUCCUCCAGGUCAUUUUAAGUUGAAUGUAGACGCGGCUCUGCACAAAGGAGAAGGUCAGUUUGCUUUGGGGCUGAUUUUACGUAAUGAUGCAGGAGUUUUUGUUAAGGGCAAGAAUAUGAAAGUAGCAGGAGAGGUCUCGGUUAUGGAAGCAGAAGCCAGGGGUGUGCUGGAAGCUAUUAAGUGGGUUGAAGAUAGUGGGAUUCAGUGCGUCAUUGUCGAGAGUGAUUCACUACUGGUGGUGCAAGCUUUAAAAUCUACAGAAACAUACCAACUUGAAGUAGGUCAUAUCCUAGAUGAGUGGAAGAUUAAACUCAAGAGCCGAGCUGAUCUAUCAGUUUGCCAUGUUAAAAAACAAGCAAACAGGGCUGCGCACUUGAUGGCGAAAGUCCCAUGUUUGUUAAAUUGUUCCAAUUGUUUUACGUCUCCUCCUGGCUUGUUGGUGGAGAUAUUAUCUGCUGAGUUUGCUGUUUAA